UGAAUGCAGGGUCUUGUUGAUCAGUUUAUAACUGUGGUAAUGCAGCACAAGAAAAAGAUUUGGGACUGAUUCACUUGCUGUCCAUUGUUAGAAGACAAAGUAAGUGGGUUUCUCUAUGAUAAUGUUUUGCGAUUAAAAAGGAAGCGAUUGUCUGAAUUAUUUACCUUCAGAUGGCUUUCACAGCCUCACUAGUAUACUAAUGUAUUUAUAUAGCCCUCUCACUUAACUGAGUAAUUCCCUAUAUCAUUCUUCUAUGGUGUUAUUUUUUCUAACAAAGAAUGUCUUUGAUCCAUAGGGAUUUCUAUAGCGAUAGCCUGAAUGCAAACAUUCUGGAGGACUGCAUUUACCUAAGAACAAAAGCUAUAUGGUUUGUAAAACAUGAAUGAAAGCUAAUGCGUGUAUGAGCUCACUGGCUGAAGCUUCACUCGAGUCAGCGGAAUGGAAGUUGAAGUUCAUCUCAGCGUAUUUCAGAAGGAAGGACGCAAACGCUGCAUUGCUCAGUAACUUUGAGGUGUUCCAGUUACUCACUGAUCUUAAGCAGCAGCGCAAAGAGAGUGGGAGAAACAAGCAGAGCUCUGGUCAGCAGAAUCUGAACACGAUCAUGUAUGAAACCCUGAAGUACAUUUCCAAAACACCCUGUAGGUACCAGAGUCCCGAGACGGUGAGGAAUUUCCUCAUAGCAAUGAAAGGCCAUAAGCUAACCAAGGCAGAAAAGCUCCAGUUGCUUAACCACAGGCCUGUGACAGCAGUUGAAAUACAGCUGAUGGUAGAAGAAAGCGAGGAAAGGCUCACAGAAGAGCAGAUUGAGUCACUUCUCCAGACAGUCACCAGUAUUCUUCCAGGGGAUCCUGAAGAACAGCAGAGAGACUCAGCAAUGGCAACUGAAGACAAAAGUUACCAAGCUUAGGAGGCUUCUAGACCAAAGCUGGCAACAAUUCCAGCAGAAGAGAAUCAGCUAAUAUUUUUCUGGUUUUUACUUGAUACCAGUUUCAUCUUGUAUUGGACAUCACUGUAAAAUAUGUUACAAUUUUUAUGACUCGGAGGUGAUGAGGGAACCAAUUGUUUACCAGAAAGCAUGGAAAAGGACACUAUUGUUUUGGCAUUUUGUCAUAAACAGGGAUGGUAAUAACGGAGUUUGUGAUGUCUGAGAAAUUAUGGGGCACAGAAUCUGAAGCUUUUGUAUUUUUCCCAUUACCCGUGUAGCAGCUGUACAUUUGAAUAGGCUCAUGUACAGCUGGCACUGUUUUAAUUAUUGCAGCAGUGCUAAAAUUAUAAUUGCUUUCAUAUGUUUUUGAAUUGCCCAACUGGUUUUCAGAAUGCAUUCUACAAUACAAAGCCAACUUGUGGAGCUGUUCGUGAAGAGGGUUCUUUUCAGUGACCAGAACAGAGAAUAAUGUACAAAAACUGCUUGGUAUCUAGCCAGACAAUUUCAUGUAGGCUGUUGGCAUCGUUCAAGUGAGAAGUUCUGUUGGAAGGGUAGCUGUUCUCAAGUAUGUCUGGCAUUUCUUGACAAAAGAAUUAUCCAGAUCAUCAGCUAAAUCAAUGUGUUGCCACCAUAAUCAGCUGCAUUGGACCAGUUUACAGCAGCUGAGGCUCUGGACUCAGAUGUUAAGGCUCUUAGAAGGGCAUUUAUGUGAGGUGUAUAUUUUCCCUUUGAACGCUUGUUUCAGUAGUUAUAUAUAGACAAGUCACAGUCUUGUGAACAUGCUUGUGACCAUGAAAUAAAUGAAUGAGUCAACACUGGAGUCCUCAUCUGGUUUGGAAGAAUGGGAAUCAGUCCUGGUUAAAGCAGAAUUUUCUGUGUACUGAGCUUUUGUCUGACUGAACAUUUCAGGAUCAAGUAUUUAAUGUUGAAAGCAUAGAUGAUUAUAAUAAAUCAUUUGGGUAGUAUACAUAUAUAUACAUAAAGUCAUGAGUUAUACAUGGCACUGGUUUUAUACAAUGACUGCAGACCAUUCUUUUAUAAUUAUAACGUACUGGAAAUAGAAAUAAAGCUCAAAGUGUA